AUGACAUCACCUACUCGUGAGGCAGAAAUUAAUGUAGUUUCCAGCCCUGAAUCCACCAGUAGGAAUAAUUCCCCCGAACCUGAUACCUAUCGUCUCAUCAAUCAUAGUUCCGGUUUGUCGUACCCAGUGAUAAAAACUAGUGAAGACAAUGAAAGGACUGAUAAAGAUAAUAAAAAAGGUGUGGGGGGAUCAACGAAUUUUUCUAUAUCAAGUAUAUUAUCGAGAGCCGAUCCGACGAUAAAGAAAAAUGGUGGAUUUCUGUCAGGAGUACAAGGAGGAAACGUUUUAGAAGGAAGUGGAAUUGGGAGUGGUCCUGAUGGUGGAGUACUUUCAAGGUUAGGUUUAAUGUCUCAUUUUGGAGCUCUAGCAGCAGCAAGUAGUAGAUAUGCCGCACUAUGUGUUAACCCUACGGAUCCUAGAACGUUACCUUGGUACUGGGGAAGAAUACCAACUCAAGUUCCUAAAGAACAACAAAGUCCUACCGGAGGUUCAACUACUGAAGAUCAAAGUCCGCCAGCUUCUCCACAUGCUCGACCACUUACAAAUCCAGAAAGUCGUUCUUCUCGCCCAUCUUCUCCAUCAGAUAAUCCUAGAUCGCCUCCUUCCAGUCCGAACAACUCAAAUAUCCUAUCUUCCUCCCAUCCAGCUUUCCUAGACCAAAACUACAUAAACAUCAGAUCGAAAAGUCCGUAUCGAGAAAACGAGAAUCUUGUUAUCGAAGAAGACGUCGAAGAUGAAGAAAGUGAUUACGAUAAUGAUAAAGAUAAAAAGAGUAACUGUGCUAGUAUGAGUCCCGGCAAUUCCAUGUCUAACAAAAGGAAAAAGAAAACGAGAACGGUAUUUUCCAGAUCACAGGUGUUUCAGUUGGAAAGUACCUUCGAUAUGAAAAGGUAUUUGUCUUCAUCGGAGAGAGCGGGGCUGGCUGCUAGUUUACAUUUGACAGAAACCCAGGUAAAAAUAUGGUUCCAAAAUCGACGAAACAAAUGGAAAAGGCAACUAGCUGCCGAAUUAGAAGCUGCAAACAUGGCACACGCGGCGCAGCGUUUAGUCCGAGUUCCAAUUCUCUAUCACGAAUCAGCUAACUCCUCAAUACGACACCCUUUCGAUCAAAAUCAUCCACUAAGUCUUCAUCAUCAAUUAGAAAAUAGAGAUAGUGCGAACAAUGGAAGUGGUUCCGUAGUAUCUUCACCCGCAUAUCCAAGUAGUUUGUAUUAUCACCAUCAAGCUGCGGUAGCUGCAGCUGUACAUAGUUUACCUUCUAGUCCUGUGAGUAGGCCGCCUAUGUCUGGAUUAGUCUGAAUUAGAGAAAUUGGACAUUAAUGUGUAAUCUGGAAAUAGUGGUGAGUCUAUGUGACAAAAAAGUUAAGAACUGGUUUGUGUUUCACUAAUAUUGAUAAAGAGCAAAAGCAAAUCCAAU